CAAAACAAUACCUAGAAUGAACUUCAUUUUCAGAAAUGUCUUUAGUAAACAACAUUUGUGCUCUAAUUUCAACUAUGCAGCCCUUAACUGCAUUCAAAGGGCCAGGGGCCCCCUGCCGUUGGUUACAUUACCCCAGUCACGUCACCUCCAUGUCGGGGAGCGGGCCUCUCUCACCAAGACCUUCAGCGCCAGGGACGUGGCGGUCUUCGCCGAGCUCACCGGGGACGUCAACCCCAUUCACCUGGACCCGACCUAUGCCAAGACCACGUCGUUCGAGAAGCCCAUCGUCCACGGCGUGCUGAUAAACGGACUGAUCUCGGCCAUUCUGGGGACCAAGUUGCCGGGGAGCGGCUGUAUCUUCCUGUACCAGGAGAUCAGGUUCCCGGCGCCGCUGUACAUCGGGGAGGAGGUGCUGGCUGAAGCCGAGGUGAAGAAGAUCAAGAUGUCGUUCGCCUUCAUCGCAGUGACCUGCUCUGCCAAAGAUAAAGUGGUCAUGGAGGGGGAGGUCAUGAUCAUGAUGCCAGAAGAUCAGCAACCAAGGGCGCGAUGAUGAUCAUGAUGCCAGAGGAUCAGCAACCAAGGGCGCGAUGAUGAUGAUAACAGUUGGAGGGAAUAUUUUGUAGCCUUCAAAUCCAGUCUGUUUGUGCUAACAUUCUACUCCUUGUCAUGCCAAACAGAGAAGGAGUGGAAAUGUUUUGCACAAACGGACUUCAUUUGAAGCUAGUUGGUGGAUAUAUUGUAGUCUCUCUUGACAUGACAGACUUGAGCUAACGUGAGAUUUUGGUUGUGGCGGCAGGGAUUUAAAAUAUGUUGUGGUAAACCUGUACUUUUGUUUAACUGGCUUUUGGAGAUCCUUUUUAAGUUUGUAUGGCUUGAGUCUCACAUCCCUCUAGGAACAGCUCAGAGGUAGUGUCUGUUGUGGGACUACCUCCAAAGCAUCUUCUGACAAAUGCCUGCUAAAUCAGUGGCACUGGAAUGAUCCUUGUUUUGCUCAUAAUUUUUCAAAUAACUGUUAUAUGGUCUGGUGCUCUUGUAUUACAAAUAAUUGUGCACAAUGUUCUUUGGUUAAAUGAUGAUUUAUUGAAUUUGAGGCUACUUUUGUUUGAUCAAAGAUCCUUCUUAGCUGUUUUGUAAAUAAGUGACAUAAUAAAGACCUAGAUCAAUGUAUGUAGGCAUAUUUGAGUUACAAAUAAAUUGAAUCUAAGCAUUUUCAA